GACUUUGUAUCAGAAAGAUAGCUCAUGAGCUGAUUAAAUUCUGGAAGUAUCAAGUAAGAGUCUUUCUUGGAGAAAUUGUUGUCAUUUUUGAUCUUUUACUUGUAUGACAGAAGAAGAUAGCUCAGCAAAAAUGUCAGAGGAUGUUGAGCAAUAUCUCAAGUUAAAUCCACCUUGCUCCUCCUCCUCAUCUUCCUCCGCCGUUGCGUUCGCCAACAAGUCUGGCACUUUCAAAUCUUCUUCGCCGCCAUGUCCAGAACAUGUCCUCGAGAACGUUUUAGAGAGCGUGCUUCAGUUCCUCACUUCCAGAUGCGAUCGCAACGCCGUUUCAUUGGUCUGCAAAUCGUGGUAUCGCGUCGAGGCUCAGACCCGAUUAGAGGUUUUUAUCGGUAACUGUUACUCUCUUUCUCCCGCUCGGCUCACUCACCGGUUCAAGGGUCUUAGGUCUAUUGUGCUUAAAGGGAAACCUAGGUUUGCUGAUUUUAAUCUCAUGCCUCCUAAUUGGGGAGCUCAAUUCGCGCCUUGGGUUGCUGCAACAGCUAAGGCUUAUCCUUGGCUUGAGAAGGUUCAUUUGAAGCGCAUGUUUGUUACGGAUGAUGAUUUAGCGCUUCUUGCUGACUCGUUUCCUGGGUUCAAAGAGCUUACUUUGGUCUGCUGCGAAGGUUUUGGAACUAGUGGUAUUGCUGUUGUUGCCAACAAAUGCAGACAGCUAAAGGUUCUUGAUCUGGUGGAGUCAGAAGUCACCGAUGAUGAGGUGGAUUGGAUUUCUUGUUUUCCUGAGGGUGAAUCUCCUCUGGAGUCUUUGUCUUUUGACUGUGUUGAAUCCCCUAUCAAUUUCAACGCAUUGGAGGGGCUCGUAAUUAGGUCACCGUUCUUGAAGAAGCUUAGAACCAACAGGUUUGUUUCCCUUGAAGAGCUGCAUCGCCUAAUGGUUCGAGCGCCGCAGUUAACCAGUCUUGGUACGGGAUCAUUUAGUCCAGACAACGCGCCUCAGGGUGAACAACUACCGGAUUAUGCAGCUGCUUUCCUUGCUUGUAAAUCCAUAGUUUGUCUCUCAGGAUUCAGGGAAUUCAGGCCUGAAUACCUCCUAGCUAUCUCUCCAGUUUGUGCUAAUCUCACCUCUCUUAACUUCAGUUAUGCUAACAUUUCUCCUCACAUGCUCAACCCCAUCAUACGCAACUGUCACAAUAUCCGAGUCUUCUGGGCUCUUGACUCGAUAUGCGAUGAAGGACUACAGGCAGUGGCUGCCACAUGCAAGGAGCUCCGUGAGCUUCGGAUUUUCCCUUUCGAUCCUCGUGAAGACAGCGAAGGUCCUGUCUCAGGAGUAGGCCUCCAAGCAAUUUCAGAGGGAUGUAGGAAACUAGAAUCUAUCCUGUACUUUUGCCAGCGGAUGACUAAUGAAGCUGUGACAGCCAUGUCUGAGAACUGCCCGCAGCUAACUGUGUUUAGGCUUUGCAUAAUGGGUCGCCAUAGGCCUGACCACAUGACAGGAAAGCCAAUGGACGAUGGAUUUGGUGCCAUUGUUAAAAACUGCAAGAAGCUAACCCGACUUGCAGUAUCAGGUGACAAGGCUCUGAGAUAUGUUCUUGAGGGUUGUCCUAAACUACAAAAGCUUGAAAUCAGGGACAGUCCCUUUGGGGAUGCUGGAUUGCGCUCUGGUAUGCAUCGGUAUUGCAACAUGAGGUUUGUUUGGUUGUCGUCAUGUGUCUUAUCCCUGGGAGGCUGCAGGGAUGUUGCUCAGGCUCUGCCUAAUGUAGUGGUGGAAGUAUUUGGAUCAGAUGGUGAUGAUGACGACGACACUGUCACUGGGGACUAUGUUGAGACAUUGUACUUGUAUCGGUCCCUUGAUGGCCCAAGGAAGGAUGCUCCAAAUCUUGCCUUCCUCCAUCACCAGAUGCUCAAUGGUAUCGAUGAAUGCGGUAACUUUCUCCAAGCUUUUGUCAUCAAGCCUCGGGACAGUAUGGCCUUUGGGAUGAUGGACAACCACCGGAUUCUUAUUAGAGAUCCGAUGAGGAGAGGCAAGGAAGAAGACGAAGUUGAACAGUUGCUUCAAGCGGCUCAAGAUGAUAUAAUACUCAAGCUCUAAGAAGAUAGCUCAGCAAAAAUGUCAGAGGAUGUUGAGCAAUAUCUCAAGUUAAAUCCACCUUGCUCCUCCUCCUCUUCUUCCUCCGCCGUUGCGUUCGCCAACAAGUCUGGCACUUUCAAAUCUUCUUCGCCGCCAUGUCCAGAACAUGUCCUCGAGAACGUUUUGGAGAGCGUGCUGCAGUUCCUCACUUCCAGAUGCGAUCGCAACGCCGUUUCAUUGGUCUGCAAAUCGUGGUAUCGCGUCGAGGCUCAGACCCGAUUCGAGGUUUUUAUCGGUAACUGUUACUCUCUUUCUCCCGCUCGGCUCACUCACCGGUUCAAGGGUCUUAGGUCUAUUGUGCUUAAAGGGAAACCUAGGUUUGCUGAUUUUAAUCUCAUGCCUCCUAAUUGGGGAGCUCAAUUCGCGCCUUGGGUUGCUGCAACAGCUAAGGCUUAUCCUUGGCUUGAGAAGGUUCAUUUGAAGCGCAUGUUUGUUACGGAUGAUGAUUUAGCGCUUCUUGCUGACUCGUUUCCUGGGUUCAAAGAGCUUACUUUGGUCUGCUGCGAAGGUUUUGGAACUAGUGGUAUUGCUGUUGUUGCCAACAAAUGCAGACAGCUAAAGGUUCUUGAUCUGGUGGAGUCAGAAGUCACCGAUGAUGAGGUGGAUUGGAUUUCUUGUUUUCCUGAGGGUGAAUCUCCUCUGGAGUCUUUGUCUUUUGACUGUGUUGAAUCCCCUAUCAAUUUCAACGCAUUGGAGGGGCUCGUAAUUAGGUCACCGUUCUUGAAGAAGCUUAGAACCAACAGGUUUGUUUCCCUUGAAGAGCUGCAUCGCCUAAUGGUUCGAGCGCCGCAGUUAACCAGUCUUGGUACGGGAUCAUUUAGUCCAGACAACGCGCCUCAGGGUGAACAACUACCGGAUUAUGCAGCUGCUUUCCUUGCUUGUAAAUCCAUAGUUUGUCUCUCAGGAUUCAGGGAAUUCAGGCCUGAAUACCUCCUAGCUAUCUCUCCAGUUUGUGCUAAUCUCACCUCUCUUAACUUCAGUUAUGCUAACAUCUCUCCUCAAAUGCUCAACCCCAUCAUACGCAACUGUCACAAUAUCCGAGUCUUCUGGGCUCUUGACUCGAUACGCGAUGAAGGACUACAGGCAGUGGCUGCCACAUGCAAGGAGCUCCGUGAGCUUCGGAUUUUCCCUUUCGAUCCUCGUGAAGACAGCGAAGGUCCUGUCUCAGGAGUAGGCCUGCAAGCAAUUUCAGAGGGCUGUAGGAAACUAGAAUCUAUCCUGUACUUUUGCCAGCGGAUGACUAAUGGAGCUGUGACAGCCAUGUCUGAGAACUGCCCGCAGCUUACUGUGUUUAGGCUUUGCAUAAUGGGUCGCCAUAGGCCUGACCACGUGACAGGAAAGCCAAUGGACGAUGGAUUUGGUGCCAUUGUUAAAAACUGCAAGAAGCUAACCCGACUUGCAGUAUCAGGGUUACUAACAGAUGAAGCUUUUAGCUAUAUAGGAGAAUAUGGGAAAUUGAUCCGCACGCUAUCUGUAGCUUUUGCGGGGAACAGUGACAAGGCUCUGAGAUAUGUUCUUGAGGGUUGUCCUAAACUACAAAAGCUUGAAAUCAGGGACAGUCCCUUUGGGGAUGUAGGAUUGCGCUCUGGUAUGCAUCGGUAUUGCAAUAUGAGGUUUGUUUGGUUGUCGUCAUGUGUCUUAUCUCUGGGAGGCUGUAGGGAUGUUGCUCAUGCUCUGCCUAAUGUAGUGGUGGAAGUAUUUGGAUCAGAUGGUGAUGAUGACGACGACACUGUCACUGGGGAUUAUGUUGAGACAUUGUACUUGUAUCGGUCCCUUGAUGGCCCAAGGAAGGAUGCUCCAAAGUUUGUAACAAUUUUAUGAGAAAAAACUUUGGUUCAGAUGAGGCCGUGCUUGAGGAAAAGCAGAGCUAGCAAGCAGAAGAGAAUGUGUUUGUAAACUGUAAGUGCUUCAGCUACACUGCAUGAAUUGUUUUGCCAUUUGACUCUUCGUUGAAUUUGUCUUAUACCAAGAAGAGUGUAGUGCGAAGGAAGAAAAAGUUAUGAAAAGG